AUGUCGCCAAUUUCGUUGCCGCGUCGGCAAGACAGCUCAGAAAUCCUGAUUUACACCCCUACUGGACGAACCCAACAAGGCUGGCGGUUCUUUAUCAGACACAACAUGACUAUCGUUCUUGCCUUUCUUGCUGGCCUGAGUUGCACCGUUGCGGUCAUCGUCUUCACGUUCUGGCUAAGCCAACAGAUCCUCGAAUGUCCUACUUGGUCGAUCAACUGCACAAUUUCAAAGAACAUCGGUACAAUACAGGGAAUCAUCACCGCAGUGUACGCCAUCGGCUUGGCAACCCUGGCAUACGCGACGCAUUCACUUUCGGAGGCCGCCUUGUGGCCGUUGAUCAAUCAACGGCCCUUCACGAUAAAAGAGGUGGAAACGUAUUUGCAAGCCAGUCGCGGCUCGAUAGCUUCUUCCCCUUUCGUCCUGAAGAACGCCCGGAGCGUCAACUCGGCCAUUGUCAUCUUAUGCAUCGUCACAGUCACCUUUCUCCCGCUUGCUGGUGCCCCUCUAACCGGCUACGUCUAUAAUUUACGCAAUAGUUCGGCUCCAUUCGAAAGUUACUAUCAGCCUGGCGGAGGCAUCGGGCCCCCUUUCAUCCAAAGGUCUCCGCUUGAAUCGUAUCGCGAUGCUCAUAGUACGCUCUAUAACUCCUGGGCCCUGGGCAUUUCACGGGAGCCUAUGCCAGAAUAUAGAGGAUGGUUCAUUGAUCGCAUCAACCUCACAAGGAGAGGCGAUAUGACUGUGGGUGCAGUUCGAGUCGAUCAGAAUAUCUCUUGUCGGUCUUGGGAGCUCGAUCCACCGCAGAAGAACGGAUCCUCAUUCGUGUUCCCCACCAGCAUGGCGGAGCAUCGCCGGCCCGAUAAUCGGACAAACGACCCGCACGUGCUAGUAAGGGCUAUGCCACAGCUUGCCGUUUGGGCUCACGACUUCCGAUUCCUCGCUCCAACUCGUACGCUCACAACGCUCGUUUUUGCCGCGCUGAAUGGCUCGAUUGGAGGAGGCUCCACGAUUUCCUUGGAUCACGACAAGAUCAAGAAUAUCUCUAGCAUGGCCUGCGAUGUGGACGUCGCCCUUGUGGAUGAUACGCUUAAGAUUGGAGAAGGCCAAGUUGGCAGGCCUACGCAGAUCAAUUCGAUCACCCAUCUACUCGUUGGUCGACCCAAUAAGACCACACACGAAGGUCUUCAUACGUACAAUCCAAGCGACGGCAAUACGCUGAACGAAUUGGCACUCUGGUUCACAGUAGCGCCGAUUACCGCCGGUGUCAGUCUCUUCGGAGCGCAGCCGAUGUGGAUGUACUCGGACAACGGGUUACCGCGACGGUAUACAUCUGCAAAUGGAGGUUUCAACAGCGGAUGGAAUACGGAAUACAUCAAAAACUUCAUUCGAAUCUGCAUUGGCUCGGCUGCGCAAGCGGAAAGUCGCAUAUGGCCCGAUGGACCCCAGGUUACGAUGUCAUCUGCCGCCUAUACAAGCAAACUAGAUCCACAUCGCGUCCCUCUGCUCCUCACACUGCCACUAAUCAUCAUCUCCAGCGCAGUUCUGCUCUCGUUCUGGAAUUCGCGACUUCAUCGAAAUCUGGAGAUACCGAUCAUGCGAAAGGCGAAUCUCAGUGAAAUCCUCAAGAGCUCGCAGACGGAAGAUAUCAUCACAGAAGCUGGCGAGGAGAUGUUGGAUCCAGGUCAACUGUCGAAGCUGAAACACCUCAAGGUGCGCUAUCAGGAGGCUGAAGAUGGUUUGUGGGGUCUGCAAAGCGACCAGAAGGGACCUUGUAAAAGUGGAUGGGAUCGACUUCCCAGGGUCGAGACGCUAAGCCAUUAUCCUUCGGCGACUUCGCUCGAUAGACAGUGCUAA